AUGCUCCGCCCGUAUCCUUCCGGCCCGGCGCCGCGCCUUUGCCAGAUCUGCGGUCUUGUCAACAGGCAGCAAGCACUGGCACUGCAACAGUCCAAGCAGUCGAGCAAGCGCUCCUUUGUGACACUGCAUGCCAGCCGACGCCUGGCUAGGGCAGAUGGAUCUGUCCCAACCGCCCCUAGAGCUGCCCGCCUGUUCGCAACCUCACAGCCGUGUCUAAAGGCUGCCAAACGGCCCCAACCCCCCCCAGCCCCUAAGAACCAAAACGCCCCCCAGUCUAGCAGUCAGGACGGCGAGCAUGGCACUCCCCGUCCUCGUCCUUCCUCAAAGCCACAGUCCCCCGCUGCAGACCUGGCGGAGCUCGUUGCCGCCGUCGACCGUGUCACCAAGGCAUUUUUGGCCCAGCAGGGCAUCCCCUCGGAACACACGACGCUUACCGCUCUACGCGCCUGUGCCAAGCCCGACUUGAGGCUGAUCUUGGAUGCCCAAAAACCUUCUCAGAUCCCUGCCUCAGCCUCGCGUCUGCUGGACCUGGACAGGCGCUCCAAGAGCCCUGCCACCGACAGCCUUGGCCAGACAGACCCAUCUCCGCUGCGGCCGGAAGACGUCAUGAAGAGGAUUUCCAAUGCUGCUUACGCCAUCGUCUCCCACCCCGCUGUUUCCAUCACCCCGCAAGUGCUUGACGAGUACGUCCAGCUCCAGGCCCGCCUUGGCAGGCCAGAGACGUUCCCGUACGUCUUGGAGCUCUACGCAACCAAGCCUAAUCCCCGGCUUGUCGCGGGGUCCAUCGAAUACGUGAAGGCAAAUCCCAAUAAGAUCCAAAACGCCAUAGAGCAAGCCGUCGCUGAAACCGCUCUCAACACGGCAAUCGAGGCCAAGCACCUCGAUGCAGCCGUCGGCGUUGUGGAGAACGCGUACGCCACUAAAGCCUUUUUACGAUCUAAGAUUGUUAAGAAGGCGCUACUGCCUAUAUCUGUCGCUGGAGCGGUGCCCGUUGCCGCCUACAUUCUCGCCACAAACCUCGCGCUCCUGCAAGAUUCCCUCGAGCCGGCCUUGGCCACUAACAUGGCAUUUGUGGGAAUCCUCGCGUACUUUGGGUUUACUGGCACAAUUGGCAUCGUGGCCUUGACAACGGCAAAUGACCAGAUGAAGCGCGUCACUUGGGCGCCCGGCACUCCGCUCGUCCACAGGUGGCUCUACGAGGAACAGCGGGCUGCGCUCGACAAGGUUGCCUGCGGGUUUGGCUUCUCCCAAGCAUCCCGAUACGGGGAAGAGGAAGGGGAAGAAUUCAUGUUGCUCCGAGAAUUUAUAUUAAGAAAGAGUAUGAUCCUGGACGCGGUGGAGCUCAUGCCGGGCAUGAACUAG